UUCUUUUGUAACAAGGUUAACAACUCUUUGGUCAAGAAAAAGCAAGUGCGGUUAAUAACUCCACUGGCUGAACCUCACCUGCCAACUGCAACAAGAACGCUUCAUUAAUACCCUUUUAUUUAUAGCUUUCCCUAAUGCGCAGACCUCAACAUCCACCUCCAUUGCUGGCUGUACUAUCUUUCAUUUUUCCAAAUGGAAGCCAUUUCCAAGCAAAACCAAGUUCCUCUCUACCAUACAACCACAUGCCCUGACCCUUUCACUCUCUUCUCACACCAUCUCCUUUUAAAACUCUCUCAAUCUCUCUGGCUUUUGACCCCUUUUCUGCUAGCAUUUACUGAAGCAUUCUUGCUUCUGCAGAACUUUGAACCCAUGAUUCAUUUCCUCCUCCUCUGUAGUUUCCUUCUGUGUUUUGCACUGAAGCACUUCCUUUCAAGGCCUUCUUCAGUUUACCUGGUGGACUACUCGUGUUUGAAACCCCCAGGUUCCUGCAGGGUACCUUUCUCAUCUUUCCUAGAAAAUGUAUCACUUAUGGGUUAUUUUGACAGAGAGAGCAUAGCUUUCAUGGGUAAGAUCCUUUCUUCUUCAGGACAAAGUGAACUGACAUGUCUUCCUCCUGCAUUGCACUACAUUCCUCCCAAGACCCAUCAAAGUGAAUCCUUCAAAGAAGCUCAAAUGGUCUUGUUUCCCAUCAUUGAUGAUCUCUUAGCCAAAACUAAUCUCUCUCCCCUUGACAUCGACAUACUCAUCUUCAACUGUAGUAGCUUUUGUCCUGUUCCUUCUCUGAGCUCGAUGAUCAUCAACAAGUACUCCAUGCGAAGUGACAUUAAGAGCUACAAUAUCUCUGGUAUGGGAUGCACUGCGAGUGCCAUCGGCGUCGAUUUGGCUAGGCAUCUUCUGAGUGUUCACAAGAACUCCAACGCCAUUAUUAUCAGCACAGAGUUUCUAUCAACGGGUUGGUACUCUGGUAAUGAACGUUCCAAGCUGAUCAUAAACUGUCUGUUUCGAAUGGGGAGUGCAGCAAUUUUACUCUCAAACAAGAAAGAAGCGAAGAAAUCUUCAAAAUAUAGAGUGGUUACCACACUCAGAACCCACAUGGGCUUCGACGACCAAGCUUAUACCUCCGCAAUUAGGGAAGAAGACUCCCAAGGAAAUCUCGGGGUGACGCUGCAGGGAGAUUUGCUUAAGGUCGCCGGCGAAACUCUCCGUUCAAACAUUACCAAUCUGGGUUCUGAGAUCCUUCCUUUCUCAGAGAAAUUCUGGUACGUUGUCAGGGUUUUGAAGAAGAAGAUAAUGAUGAACAAGUCGGAAGGCAUUCAGGCGCCGAAUUUCAAAGCAGUGAUAAACCAUUUCUGCUUGCCGUGUUCUGGCAGGGCGGUGAUAAGGGAGAUCGGAAAAGGGUUGAGGCUUACAGAGAGAGACAUGGAAGCGGCGUUGAUGACUCUGCAUAGGUUUGGGAACCAGUCGUCGUCUUCACUGUGGUACGAAUUGGGUUACUUGGAAGGCAAGGAAAGAGUUCAGAAAGGUGACAAGAUUUGGCAAUUUGGGAUGGGAAGUGGGACCAAGUGUUGUAGCGUCGUGUUGGAGUGCCUGAGGCCCAUUAUUGGAGAGUCCAAUAAGGGCCCAUGGGCCGACACCAUUAAUCAAUACCCAAUCUAAGUGCUUUGAU